UCUCCAAUUACAUAUCAAGUUGAUCCAGAAAGCAGCAGUAGCAGCUCUUCUCUUUCUAAUUCCCCCCUCUCCCCCUCUCUCUCUCUCUCUCAAAAGCUCGAUCUAUUUUUACGCACACACUUUGCGCUUAACCUACGCACCCCACUCACCACCACUUUUCUUCGAUCUUAAAAAAAAUGCACAUUCCAUCUCAGAUCUGAUUCAAAAUCAAUCUCACGAUCCAUUUAGGGUUUCAGAUUUCAAUCAAAGUUUUUUUACUCACUCUCUGUAGUGUGUGUGCAUAGAUAAAAUGUUGACAAAGUUUGAGACGAAGAGUAAUAGAGUGAAAGGUUUGAGUUUUCACAGCAAAAGGCCAUGGAUCUUAGCCAGUCUACACAGCGGCGUGAUCCAGCUAUGGGAUUACCGUAUGGGAACUCUCAUUGAUCGAUUUGAUGAGCACGAUGGCCCCGUUCGCGGCGUCCAUUUUCAUAAAUCUCAGCCUCUCUUUGUUUCCGGAGGAGAUGAUUACAAGAUUAAGGUUUGGAACUAUAAGCUGCAUCGCUGCCUGUUUACCCUACUAGGACAUCUUGAUUAUAUCCGAACUGUUCAAUUUCACCAUGAAUAUCCCUGGAUUGUUAGUGCAAGUGACGACCAGACCAUCCGGAUAUGGAACUGGCAGUCUCGUACUUGUAUAUCCGUCUUGACUGGCCACAAUCAUUAUGUAAUGUGCGCCUCAUUUCAUCACAAAGAGGACUUGGUUGUCUCUGCUUCUUUGGAUCAGACUGUUCGUGUCUGGGAUAUUGGUGCUCUAAGAAAGAAAACUGUUUCUCCUGCUGAUGAUAUCUUGCGGUUAAGUCAGAUGAAUACUGAUUUCUUUGGUGGAGUGGAUGCUGUGGUGAAGUAUGUCUUGGAGGGUCAUGAUAGAGGGGUUAACUGGGCAUCGUUUCAUCCUACACUCCCCCUUAUAGUUUCUGGUGCAGAUGAUCGCCAAGUGAAAAUUUGGCGCAUGAAUGAUACAAAGGCUUGGGAGGUGGACACAUUGAGAGGCCACAUGAACAAUGUUUCAUGUGUUUUGUUUCAUCCAAGGCAAGAUAUUAUUGUUUCAAAUUCAGAGGAUAAGAGCAUUCGAGUAUGGGAUGCUACAAAAAGGACUGGUCUUCAGACUUUCCGCAGGGAGCAUGAUAGGUUUUGGAUCCUUGCAUGUCAUCCUGAGAUGAAUCUUCUAGCGGCUGGUCAUGAUAGUGGGAUGAUAGUAUUCAAGCUGGAGAGAGAACGUCCUGCUUUUUCUGUGAGUAGUGAUUCUUUGUUUUAUGUAAAGGAUCGCUUUCUCCGAGUGUAUGAGUAUUCAACUCAGAAGGACACACAGUUGAUACCAAUUAGAAGGCCCGGUUCAAACAGUGUGAACCAAGGUCCACGAACACUUUCAUAUAGUCCUACAGAAAAUGCUAUCUUGAUAUGUUCUGACACGGAUGGCGGUUCCUAUGAACUUUAUGUUGUACCUAAAGAUAGUUAUGGUAGGGGUGAUACUGUUCAAGAUGCAAAAAGAGGAAGCGGAGGGUCAGCUGUAUUUGUUGCCCGAAACAGGUUUGCGGUGCUUGAGAAGAGCACUAAUCAAUUCCUGGUCAAGAAUCUCAAAAAUGAAAUUGUCAAGAAAAGCCUUCUUCCUAUGGCUACUGAUGCAAUAUUUUAUGCUGGCACCGGAAACUUACUAUGCAGGGCAGAGGAUAGAGUUGUCAUUUUUGAUCUCCAGCAGAGAAUUAUUCUUGGGGAACUUCAGACUUCUUUUGUCAGGUAUGUUGUUUGGUCACCUGAUAUGGAAAGUGUCGCUUUGCUUAGCAAGCAUUCCAUAGUUAUAGCUGAUAAGACGCUUGUGCACCGCUGCACCCUUCAUGAGACUAUUCGUGUCAAGAGCGGUGGCUGGGAUGACAAUGGUGUAUUCAUAUAUACAACACUUACCCACAUUAAGUACUGUCUUCCCAACGGGGAUUGUGGAAUCAUCAAAACCCUGGAUGUCCCUGUCUAUAUUACAAAAAUAUAUGGGAACACUAUCUUUUGCUUGGAUCGAGAUGGAAAAAACCGUCCUAUUAUUAUUGAUUCAACUGAAUAUGUUUUCAAGUUGUGUCUGCUUAGAAAGAGAUACGACCAAGUUAUGAGUAUGAUAAGGAACUCGGAGCUCUGCGGUCAAGCCAUGAUUGCAUAUUUGCAGCAGAAGGGUUUUCCAGAAGUUGCUCUUCAUUUUGUGAAGGAUGAGCGCACUCGUUUCAACUUAGCACUUGAAAGUGGGAAUAUUGAGAUAGCUCUUGAAUCUGCCAAAAAGAUUGAUGAAAAAGAUCAUUGGUAUAGGCUUGGUGUGGAAGCCCUUCGGCAGGGUAAUGCAGGUAUUGUUGAAUAUGCCUACCAGAAGACGAAGAAUUUUGAGAGGUUGUCUUUCCUAUAUCUAAUAACAGGAAACUUGGAAAAGUUAUCUAAAAUGAUGAAAAUUGCUGAGGUAAAAAAUGAUGUAAUGGGUCAGUUCCACGAUGCAUUGUACCUUGGUGAUGUCCGUGAGCGUGUUAAAAUUUUGGAAAAUGCUGGUCAUCUGCCCCUUGCAUACAUCACAGCUACUGCCCACGGGCUCAAUGAUACUGCUGAGCAUCUUGCAGAGGAACUGGGAGAUAAUGUUCCAUCAUUGCCAAAGGGGAAGAAAGCUUCACUAUUGCUGCCCCCAACUCCCAUCUUGGGUGGUGGUGACUGGCCCUUGUUGAUGGUGACGAAAGGGAUAUUUGAAGGUGGUCUGGACAUUGCAGGCAGGGGAGGACAAGAGGAAUAUGAAGAGGCGGCAGAUGCAGACUGGGGUGAGUCAUUGGACAUUGGUGAGGUGGAAAAUCUUCAGAAUGGGGACAUCAGUAUGGUGCUUGGUGAUGAGGAAGGGCAAGAAGGAAAUGAUGAUGAGGAGGUGGGAUGGGAUCUUGAGGAUCUGGAUCUGCCACCUGAUACCGACACACCAAAGACUACUUCCAAUGCUCGCUCUUCUGUGUUUGUCACCCCAACACCUGGCAUGCCUGUGAGCCAGAUUUGGGUCCAAAAAUCAUCUCUAGCUGCUGAACAUGCAGCUGCUGGCAAUUUUGACACUGCUAUGCGGUUGCUGAGCCGACAACUAGGGAUUAGGAAUUUCUCACCUUUAAAAGCAUCGUUUAUUGAUCUUCAUGUGGGAAGCCACACUCAUCUGCUUGCCUUCUCCUCAAUGCCAGUCAUCUCUGUGGCGAUUGAGAGAGGUUGGAGCGAGUCAGCUAGUCCUAAUGUUCGAGGUCCACCUGCUCUUAUAUUCAAUUUUUCUCAGUUGGAGGAAAAACUUAAAGCUGCUUAUAAGGCGACAACUGGUGGGAAAUUUUCUGAUGCUCUUAGACUAUUUUUGAGCAUCCUUCACACCAUUCCUCUGAUUGUGGUUGAGUCGAGGCGGGAAGUGGAUGAGGUCAAGGAACUGAUUGUCAUAGUGAAGGAGUAUGUUUUGGGUUUGCAAAUGGAGCUUAAGAGAAAGGAAUUGAAAGAUAAUCCCAUUCGUCAGCAGGAGCUGGCUGCCUAUUUCACACACUGUAAUCUGCAGAUUCCUCACUUGAGACUCGCAUUACAGAAUGCUAUGUCUAUCUGCUACAAGGCAGGAAAUCUUAGCUCAGCCUCCAACUUUGCUAGGAGACUCUUGGAGACCAAUCCAACCAAUGAAAGCCAAGCCAGAACAGCCCGCCAGGUUCUGCAGGCAGCUGAGAAGAAUAUGCGAGAUAUUUCACAGUUAAAUUAUGAUUUCAGAAAUCCUUUUGUCGUCUGUGGGGCAACAUAUGUCCCGAUAUACCGGGGCCAGAAGGAUGUCACUUGUCCUUACUGUGGUACUCAUUUUGUACUGUCCCAGCAAGGGCAGCUUUGUACUGUUUGUGAUCUUGCAGUUGUUGGAGCAGAUGCGUCUGGCUUGCUUUGUUCGCCAGCACAGAUAAGGUGAUUUCAGCUUCUCGUGCAGUUAUAUUCAGCCAUGUCAUUAGAUGAUUCUAAAUCUACGUCUUAGAAGUUUAGGCAUGGUGAUCAAGGACAUGCUUUCUAUGCGAUUGUAUCUGUGGUUUAUAUUUGUUUCGAUAGUUUUGCAAUCAGUUUUUACAGACUUUUGCCCUCGUUAUUUAGUCUUUUUGUGGCUAAAUUUUUUUAUUGUAAUAAACAUGUAAGAUUUUGACUUCAACCAAUUUUUUGAAG